GUAGCAAGCACAAUUCAAAUAUACAAAUACUAUAAAUAUAUAUAUAAAUGGCGGGCGAUUUGCUUCGAUACUUGCAACAAUAAAAUAGAAAAUUAACGUCAUGUGUAAAUACAUAACUCUAAUAAACAUUGGAAAACUUACGGUGCCCGAAUUUUAAAACAGUUCACAAGAAAUACACAAAUACGUAGUUCAGGUGUCUCUCUGUGAUUUUUAUGUGCCGUCUCUGAGAAUGGCAAUGAGCUACCGAGUCAUUUAUUUUGAUGGCAGCCCAUUUGUGAUUUGUCUUUGCCUGCUGCUGGUUAUUUUCGGAAGAUAUUGUGGCGCCGCAGAUCCCAGCGAUGGGUUGACCACACUAACCACAACAUCCACAUCAGUGGCACCCUUGGCAGCUUUGCCCGCCUUGGUGCAGAGCCCCACCCACAGCUGUGUUAAUUGGACAGCAGCGCCGGAGGCUGCAGAUGGAAACUGCACUCGUUCAACAGGAACUGGAUUAAUCCAAUGCUAUGGCGGCAUGAACAAUCUAGCGGUGCUAAACUCCAAGUUGGGCAAAGUCUUUCCCGCUCAACAGAUGCUUCUUUGUGGCUGGCCAAAGGUGGAUUUUAAUCCACUUGGAGAGCUGCUGAAGUUUCCCAAAUUGCGCUCGUUGACCAUCGAGUAUAGCGGCUUCAUUAAGUUCGCAUUGGACUUUCCGGAUAUGAACCAAUUGCAGGCAAUCAACAUAUCCUGGACGAAUCUCUCGCAUAUCUCGGCACGCACCUUUAAGCGAUUGCAUGCGUUGCAAGUUUUGGAUUUGCGCUGGAAUCAGCUGAUACAGUUGGAUGGUCCACUGAUACUGCCACGCUCCUUCCAACAGCUGUAUCUGGCGGGCAAUCCCUGGAACUGCACCCGUAACUUCAAGUGGAUCCUGCUGCAGCCGGAGAAGGGUCGCCUCGUGGCGGAUCGAGAGGAGCUCAUCUGCACCGAUCGCAAGUACAAGGAGCGACAAAUGAUACUCGUCAUGCACUACAAAGUGGUGCUGAGAAGAGAGUGUCAAUCGCAUGUAGAUCUUUUAAACUGCACAUGUCUUAUGCACCACAUCAUUCCCAAAUCAUACAUUCCACUUUACACGGUCAACUGUUCCCAUCUGCAGUUUUACAGUCUCCCAGCCUAUUUGCCACCCAAUACAACCUCAUUAUAUAUUACUGAUAAUCAAAUCAGCGACAUAAAUCCACUGCGCGAUAAUCCGCAUUAUAAGCAUGUGGUCGAUGUGCAGCUGGAAAACAAUCGGAUCUCGAACAUUGAUGUCCUGGAGGAUACGUAUUGGCUUGAGAACUUUCGCCUGCUUAACUUACAUGGCAAUCAGUUGCAGAAACUUCAGGUCUAUGCCCUCGAUAAUGCCCUAAAUGACAAUUUGAAUGUGAAUCUCCUGCUGCUGAGCAAAAAUCCUUGGCACUGCACAUGCAAAUUUGGGAUGCGACUCCGUGAGCUGCUUACCAAGUACAAGGAUAUUGUGAGGGAUGCACGGAAUGUCACCUGCACCUAUAUGCAGGGUGAUGAAAUGCGUCGUGCCCAGGUCCUGUCGCUGACACGGCACGAUAUGUGCAACAUUACAGUCGAGGAUGAUAUGCGAAUCCAUCCCAUUGACUGGCUGAACUGUGUGUUGGCCAGCCUUAUUUUUCUGAUACUGGGCAAGCUGGCUUAUGACUAUUAUUUCUAUAGAUUCCACGGACGGGUUCCUUGGAUAGUCAUGAAUAUGCCCUAAUUAUUAAGUUUAUCAAAGUAUUACAACUGUGUUAUAAUUAAGCUGUUGGCUUUUAGUUAUAGACUAUAAAAAAGUAUUGUUGAUAAAUUAUGUACUUAUGCAUUUAACACAAAUCAAAAUAUGUUUGUUUAAGUAAGAUGCCCAAUCUGUCCAAGUAUUUAUAAAAUAUGUACUUAAAUUAAAUAGUUAU